GUCAGCAAGGUGGCGGGGGCCAAGGAGGAGUUCAGCGACGUCAUCUUCGGCGCCUUGGAUCUCAGAGAGGAGAAGCAGGUGGCGAGGCAAGUUUGGGAAGAUGGCGUGCACCUGUGCGUGAAGAGCAGGUGUCCUUUGCACGUCUUCAAGCCAGAUGAGCCUCUGGAUGAACCCUACACCUUGCAAGUUCAGGUCCUCUACGAGAUGGAUGAGGCUUCGAUGAUGGGUGAUCCUAUGGCGGGAAUGCCCGGGCAUACGGGCCCAGAAGAGACCCAGGAGUUCCGCAGGCGUUGGGACACUUCAGUCAUUGGCUCUGGCGUCGAUGCCACCGCUUUCCGCAGAGCCGCACGUCAGGUGAGGGGAACAGCAGCAUUCGCACUCCAUGCCUUCCCGCUGGGAGACCCCUCCAUACAGCUCUGGCAGUCCGAGACCUCCGGUACAGUUACAAAGCAGCAGGCCGUGAACUUUGAUGGAAGUCUGGCGCCCCUGAAUGCAAGCUACCUGGCGCAUUUCUCCCGAGUCCAUGCACAACCCCUGCUUCAGAACUACACCUGGGACCUGAAAGACGACAUGGAAAAAAUCGGCAUGCCCGUAGCAGUCCUCUGGGUGAAUCACUCAGAUACGAACCGCACCAAUGCAACGAGCCACGCCCUGGCGGCUUUCCAAAAUGUCUGCAACAAGCGCCGCGGUACCAAUGCUUCCCAUCAUCUCCUCUGCUGCGUAAUGGACCAGUCCUACGCAUACUACCAGCGCGAGUAUGGAAGUCAUGAGCCGUAUCCUUUCCCCUUCUUCGGCGUCACCAGAAAGCUGGGAUUCGGUGCCGGCGACCGCUUUGGCUAUCCUUUCCAAGAGCCCGUGAACCACACCGUAGUGGGCUUCUUCAGCAGCCCUCGCCGUGCCACAAAGGACAUGAACUCCUGGGUCGGUAGAGUGCUGGCAGGGCGGGUGCCGCCCUCCCACGAGUCAGGGCUUGUGACGAACAGCUCGAAGUGGAUCCGAGGACAGGUGUUAGACGUAGUCUGGAAGACUUACCAGCGGGAGAUCAAUGGAAGCACCGCUGAUGUGCUACUGGAACUGUAUGACGACCAGAGAAAGCAGCAGCAUAUCGCUACUGCAGUCAUGGACGUGCUGGCCAAGACCUUGAAGGAUUACGCAGACAUCAAGAUCGCCCGAAUGGAGGUCAGUCAAAAUUACGUGCCUGCUGUUUUUGGCCGAAAGCAGUUCUCCAAGGAGACUGAGUUCUUCUGGAUCCCGCCCAGCAUUGCCACGGGUGAGUGGACGCCUAUCGAUCCUGUAAAAUUUCCCGGGGAGCCCGAGGAUGUCACUGGGUUCAAGAAGCACACCAUGUCGCGCUGGUCCCUCAAGGAGGCGCUUGAGACAUCUGCGGACAUCUCGGAGGAGGUCAUGGGACGUGCGAAGCUUCAGCAGCAAAUGGAUGACCGCGCGGAGGAGGAUAAGCAGCAGAUGAUCAAGAAGAUGAUGACGACCUUGAAGAAGGAGAAAGGCCUGGUCGAUGUCGGGGAGAUGAUGGGUCUGAAGAAGAAGGCAGCAGAUGCCCUGGGAACAGAAGCCCCAGCUCCUGCAAAGAGCGGCAAGGGCAAAAUGCAGAAGUCAAAGUCGACAAUGACUGCUCACCAGUUUGACAAGCGGGCAAUGGGGCAGUUGGGGGGGCAGAAGGACAUUGCCCAGAAAGACCGGGAAAAGCGAAAGCGGAGGCUAGAGCUAGAGAAGCAGCGCCAGGCAGGAAGUGAGCGAUUACUUGAAUUGAGUGAGAGGCCUGGAGACUUGCAGCUUUUAGCGGUGCAGGCAAAGCGAAGGAAGAAGGAGGCGGAACGACUUCGCCAGCCUGCCACGCCACUGCUUCAAACCGAGUCCGUCAAUGCCACCGUGGGAAUUGACAAGGUAUACAAGGGCAUGUUCUUGGACCUCCCGGUAUCCGCGGUGUUCCCUAGUUUGGCACGAGAACGGAAGGAGAUCCCACACCGCUGGGACCGCCUGGCGCAAAACCACAGUGCGGCGGUCAAAAGCUUCCUGAAGAAGGAUUGGGUCCAGGAUGACGGAGACCUUGAAGAGGAGCAGGAAGACGUUGAACUGCCCUCAGGGCAGAACGUCAAGAAGGUGACAACAGCUGGAUUAGAUCGACUCCUUGAUCGUCACAGCUUGGUGGUGCUGGCUUCUCGAUUCCCUUGGUGUGACAAGUGCAAGGAGAAGGAUAGGGAGUUCACAAAGGCGGCGCGCAUGAGCCGUGACAAGGACCUUUCUCGCGGGAAGCAUUUUGCACGAGCCCACAACGUGUCCUGCACGGAUAGCUGCGACCUACUCCUCUUCAAGCAGGAUGAGAAAGAGGAACCUUACUUGGUGCCUGGCCGUCGAUUCGCCGAAGAGGUUCAGAUUGAUUGCUACAAGCACUUGCUGCCUGUGGUCAGCGAAGUGAAGAACAAGACACACUUCGAUCGUGUCACCACGGCCUUCGACACUGCCAUUGUCGGCUUCUUCCACUCCAGCAAGAGCGAGGAUCCAUGGUAUCCAAGAUUCCGUGCCGUGGCGCGGGAGCUACGCGGCCACGCGCUUUUCGGCGCUGCUUUCAACGGCCUGCUGCCGCAGGACAUGGGCAUCGACUGGGAUGCCGAAGCGGUGCCACUUCAGGAGCAAGGAGUGGAAGACAACCCUGCAAAACCCUUGGUGCUGCUUUUCAAGCCAAAGGAGCACAGGCACGUGGAGUUCACAGGGGAGCUCACCCUGGAAAAGCUGUCUCAUUUCUCCAAGAUACUGAGCCUUCCGCUUGUGUCGCAAUACACACCUGAAGGCCGGCAAAAAUUCCAAGAGCUGAAAGUCCCUUUGGGCAUGCUUUGGCUGGAUGGUGAGAGCGGUGAGGGUGAAGCGAACAAGGCUGCCUCAGAGGUCUUGAAACGGCUUGCGCUGCGAUUCUCCGGCCACCUUGUGUUUGUAACCCUGAACAACACCCGCGAUGGGUUUCUCAUGCGGCCCUUCGGGUUAGAUCCGCGCCGGGUGCCUGCCUUCGGCAUUGCUGCCGCCGAGGAGCCCGACGCAGCUCGCUUUGCUUUAGAUGAGACGUUCCGGAACUGGGAUGAGCUUACCAGCUUUUGGAUGGACACUGGCAGGGCCUUCGAUCGGGUUGAACGCUUCUGCACAUCCUUCCUGGAGGGAACCCUGGAAGCCUCACACGAAUCGGCGGACCUUCCGCCGAGUUAUCGCUGGCCUGGACCUGGGGCGGUACACGAGGUGGUGUGGAAGACAUUCCGGGAGUCAGUCUACCGCACGCAGAACGACGUGCUACUUGAGCUCUACUCACCGUACCGGCCGCAGCAUCGAACUCAUCUAAUGGUUUUGGAGCUCGUGGCUGAAGCCUUGGGAAACCUUACCACGCUGAAGGUGGCUCGCAUGGAUACCGCCAACAACUACGUGCUGCCAGAAUUUGGUUUGAAGGACAAGGAGAAGUCCUCAACCUUUUUCUUCCUGGCUGCUGCUCCAGAGAAGCACCGGCGCCCCAGGCGCCUGGCUACGAAGAUGGGACGGCCAGAGGACCUCCCAGCACAGCUUCUGCGAUUCGUCCACAGAGAGACCCGCGGGCAAGAGUGGGAUUUUGCUGAGCGUUCCGCAUACGUCCACUCUGAGGCCCAACGCCGCAUCCGGCGACUUCGAGCUCUUGAGAAGGACUACGAGAAGAAGAUGCAGGACGAGUGGGUCCAGAAAGAGAUGGAGGAGUUUGAGCGCUACAAGCGCUUAGGGAAGUUCGAGAACUUGAACAUCUGA